ACUUGCCUCAGGAACUCCAGCCUGCCAGGACCUAUUCCACCUCCCAGCCCAGCAUGGCACCCCUGCUGCCCAUCCGGAUCUUGCCCUUGAUCCUGAUUCUGCUGGCUGUGCUGUCCCCAGGGGCUGCAGACUUCAACAUCUCAAGCCUCUCUGGUCUGCUGUCCCCGGCGCUAACGGAGAGCCUGCUGGUUGCCUUGCCCCCCUGUCACCUCACAGGAGGCAACGCCACACUGAUGGUCCGGAGAGCCAACGACAGCAAAGUGGUGACGUCCAGCUUUGUGGUGCCUCCGUGCCGUGGGCGCAGGGAACUGGUGAGUGUGGUGGACAGUGGUGCUGGCUUCACAGUCACUCGGCUCGGUGCAUACCAGGUGACAAACCUCGUGCCAGGAACCAAAUACUACAUUUCCUACCUAGUAAAGAAGGGGACAGCCACUGAGUCCAGCAGAGAGAUCCUAAUGUCCACACUCCCUCGAAGGAACAUGGAAUCCAUUGGGCUGCGCAUGGCCCGCACAGGGGGCAUGGUGGUCAUCACGGUGCUGCUCUCCGUCGCCAUGUUUCUGCUGGUGCUGGGCUUCAUCAUUGCCCUGGCACUGGGCUCCCGCAAGUGAGGAGGUCUGCCCGGAGCAGCGGCUUCUCCAGGAAGCCCAAGGCACCGUCCAGCUCCCCAGCCCACCUGCUCCCAGGCCCCAGGCCUGUGGCUCCCUUGGUGCCCUUGCCUCCUUCUCCUGCCCUCCUCUCCCCUAGAGCCCUCUCCUCCCUCUGUCCCUCUCCUUGCCCUCAGUGCCUCACCUUCCAACACUCCGUUAUUCCUCUCACCCCACUUCUGUCAGAGUUGACUUUCCUCCCAUUUUACCACUUUAAACACCCCCAUAACAAUUCCCCCAUCCUUCAGUGAACUAAGUCCCUAUAAUAAAGGCUGAGGCUGCAUC